AUGAGUAGCUCUGCCGCUGGAAGUCGCUUCCCGGUGCAAAGCUGCGACUCUAAGCGUAUCGAUUGCGUACAAGUGUACGGCCCCAAGUGGACUGCUAGCGCUGGCAGCAGCAGCAGCAAGACUGCUAGUGCUAGUAGUAGUACUAGUGCUGUUAGUAGACUCACUAGUAGAGUCCGCUGGUACCAUGUGAUCUUUGGCGUACUCUACGUGUAUCAGCUAGGUUGGCUCGUCUCCACGAUGGGAGAACCGUAUCGACUCUUUCUAGAAAAGGCGGAUAGAGAAGGAUUGGCAGUCAUGCAAGGAUCUACCAUUUACCGUGCCGAACUGGAGCACUCCUUUGGAGAUCUCAAUGAUCCAAAUCGACGAACCCAAAAACUAAGUUGGACUUCCUGGAUGGAUUAUGACAUGGAAGAAUUGGUGGAAGAAAAGAAAAAGGAUGCUCAGCAAUCUGUCAUUGAUUCACUUUCACAAAAGGAACGGGUGCCUCACAAAUUGGCUCCGGCGUUUCUACCCUCUCUCAUCAUGGGCAUGCUCUGCACGUUGCACGCAUUGGUCAUUCUCAUGCAGCAUUGGUCUGUUGCCGUACUCGUGUGGAUGAAUUACAAGGAACUCGACGUCACACAUUUAGAAAUACCCGACACUAUCAUGGAAUACGAUUACGAACAAGAUGCCAAGGAUAAGGAACUACCCAAAGCGGCUGCCGCAACAUCCGACCCCACGAAAAAGAAAUCCAUCGCGGUAGCACCCAUUCCCGCACACAAGAUUCCAUCCUACUUGCCCACUCAUGCCCGUGUCGUGCCCGCCAAAGAAAAACCUGUGCUGGUACCACUCGAAUUCUUUCCGACAUUAGGCAUGACGUUUGAAUAUCAUCGUCGACGAUAUCUAUUUGUCAAGAAUGGACCUGACGACUAUGUAUGGACCAAAAUUCGAUGUCGCACCGAUUUGCCACUCUCCUUUUUAGCACAAACGUGGAAGGGAUUUGCCAGUACGGCGGUUGUCCAAGCUGCCACUAUUCGCUAUGGACCCAACAUUUUUGAAGUCAAACAACCAGAAUUCAUGGAACUGUACAAGGCACAAUUGAUCAAUCCAUUCACCGUCUUUCAACUCUUCUGUGUUCUGCUCUGGGCCAUUGACGAUUAUUUGAUUUACUCCUUUUUCAGUCUGUUCAUGGUACUCCUCUUUGAAGGAACGGUUGUAUUCCAACGACUCAAAUCACUCCAAGCAUUGCGAGGAAUGGGAAAUCCAACACGACCCGUUUACGUCUACCGAGAGGACAAGUGGACCGCCAUUGCAUCUACCGAUUUGUUGCCCGGUGAUAUUAUCAGUUUGACACGACAAAUGCCCAAGAAAAACAAAAAUGACGACAAGAAACGAAAGACUGUAACCGAAGACGGAGGUGAUGUAGUCCCGGCCGAUUUGCUCCUCUUGCGGGGAUCCACGGUCGUCAAUGAAGCCAGUUUGACGGGAGAAUCCGUCCCACAAAUGAAGGAAGGGUUAGCCGAUUUAUCGACGGCAACAACCACCGAAAACACGACAACCAAUGACGAUGACGUGUUGGAUAUGAAGAAUAAGCACAAGAUGAAUGUCGCAUAUGCCGGUACCAGAAUGUUGCAAUGCUUGUCGGGCGACAGCAAUGAAAAAAUUACUCAAGAUGGAGAGGGUGGUGUAAAAUCCAUUCCAAAUCCUCCCGAUAAUGGAGCCGUCUGUUUUGUCUUGAGAACCGGGUUCAGUUCGGCCCAAGGAAAAUUGGUCCGUAUGAUUGAAGGAUCCCAAGAAAAAGUCAAGGGACAUGAACGUGACACCGGACUGCUCCUCUUGGUCUUGUGCUUCUUUGCCAUUGCCAGUUCCUCCUACGUCCUCUAUCACGGACUGCAAGAUGAAGGACGAUCUCAGUACGAAUUGCUCCUCCAUUGCAUCAUGAUUGUGACUUCCGUGAUUCGACCCGAAUUACCCAUGCAAAUGGCCAUGGCCGUCAACAAUAGUCUCAUGACGUUGAUGAAAAUGCACGUCUUUUGUACCGAGCCAUACCGUGUUCCCAUGGCGGGCAAACUCGACGCUUGUCUAUUCGACAAAACUGGUACUUUGACCACGGAUGAACUGGUGGCCGUCGGUGUACUCGACAAUGGACAGCUUUCCAAGAAUUCCAAAAAUGACAAACUCGACUUGACACUCAAACCAAUGAUUCAGGUGCACAACGAAGCAGCGUUGGUCAUGGCGGGAUGCCAUUCUCUGGUUGUCUUUGACGAAGAAACGACGGGCGAUCCACUGGAAAUGGCCGCCCUCAAGAGUAUUCGCUGGCACGUUACUGCCGAUGGCAAAACGGAACCCAUGCCACAAGGAAGCGGAAGCAGCCAGGAUGACAAGAAAGAUGCCAAGAAAACGACAACAGCUGCAGGUCCGGCCAAGGUACAACUUCCCGCUGGGCAACCAAUUCGUGUUCCUGGCAAGGCAGUGACAACUCUUGAAAUCCUUGUGCGACAUCACUUUAGUUCCAAGCUUCAACGUAUGAGUUGUGUCAUUCGAUCUGGGUCAACCCACUAUUCCGUAGCCAAGGGAAGUCCCGAAGCCAUUGGGCAACAUUUGCAAUCCAAACCGACGGGGUACGACGCAACUUCGGAGGCGCUGGCCAAGGAAGGAUAUCGUGUCAUUGCUCUGGCCUACAAAUCACUCGACGCCAGUGUCGUGGAAGAGGCCAAAGAUUCUCGCGCCAAGUGCGAAACGGAUCUCACGUUUGCAGGCUUUAUCGCCUUUACGUGUCGGGUACGAAAGGAUACCGCAUCCGUCCUGCACCGGCUCAAGGAGGGAGGAAUGAGUGUGGCAAUGGUAACCGGAGAUGCCCUCUUGACUGCCAUUCACGUGGCCAAGGAGGUUUACAUCUGCGAAACAGUAGACGGAAAGAUGAUCGAUCCGAUGGAUGAAGUGAAGAAAGAGUCGGACGAAAUGAAGGCUCUUCUCAUCCAGAAACGUAUUGCCAAGGGCGAAAAGGUAAAUCUCACCAAGGAAGAUUUAGUGUACAGACCCAUCCUGUACCUGGAAAGCAUUAAGAGUGGCCUCACGUGGAAGAGCUACGAGAGUGGGGACACCUUUGGCGAUUACGAUGCAGAGAAAGUGCCAGAGCUGUCAAAGACACACGAUUUGGCUACCACGGGCAAGUGUCUGACGGCCGCCUUUGAAUUUGACCACGACGGAACGCGAAAGGUUCUCGGAUACUUCAAAGUGUUUGCUCGUAUGACUCCAGACGCCAAAGAGACGGUGAUCGAGUGUCUUCAUUCGGUGAAUUCUCUCUGUAUGAUGUGCGGUGAUGGUGCAAAUGAUGUUGGCGCAUUGAAACAAGCAGACGUGGGCGUGGCUCUCUUGUCGGGCUUUGGAAACGUGAACGUCGACAGAACUGACGAGAAGGAAGAAUCUGAUGAUCAAACCAAGCAGGAACCCGAGGUUACAGCAAUCAUGAGCCAAGAACACUUGGAUCAGCUGAGAGCGUUGCCUGUAAGCCUGAUCAAGAUGAGAAUCAAGCAGCUGGGCGUCGACCCCACCAAGUACCCCGAUCUCGUCGAGAAGGAAGACCUUGUCAAACUAUAUCAAAUCAAGGCCCGAGAGGUGGCCGUUAAACGUCACGAUCAAAAGAAUGCCAAGGACAGAUCGAAGAUGACCAAAGCCGAGCAACAAGCAGAACAGAAGGCCAAGAUGCUGGAAAAGCAGCAGCGCAUGGCGGAGCGAGUCAGGGAGCUAGAGGCACAAGGCGAGUCCUGGGCCCAAUUCAAAGCCAUGAAAGAGUUCAUGAAUGAGGAAUUCGCAGACGCGAAGAAGAAGAAGGCUGCCGUUGCGAAUUCGAGGGGUAUCGAGGGAUCCGCUGCAAGUCUCGCAGCUCAGUUGGAAGAAAUGGAUACCGGGGAGUCUCCCGUGGUCAAGCUAGGCGACGCUAGUAUCGCAGCACCCUUCACAAGCAAGAUGCCCAGUAUUCGGAAUUGUGUGGAUAUCGUGCGACAGGGCCGCUGUACUUUGGUGUCGAGUAUACAAAUGUACCAAAUCCUGGCGCUUCAGAGUUUGAUUAGUUCUUAUUCACUGUCAGUGCUCUACUUGAGUGGCGUCAAGUACGGUGACACCCAAAUGACAGCGCUUGGUCUGUUGGGAUCGGUUUCGUUCAUUCUGUUGGGUCAGUUUGCGAUUCACCUGCUGACAAUGAUUGUUGCCGUGGAAAAGGCCAAGGAGCACCUUCCACCCGACCACUCUGUGGAUUUGGACGGCAGCUUCAAGCCUGGAAUGCUGAAUACAGUGGUAUUCUUGGUCAGCAGUGUCCAACAAGUGACAGUCUUUGUAGUCAAUCUACAGGGUCGACCCUUCAUGACGGGCGUAUCCGAGAAUCGCCCGUUGCUAUGGAGUCUGCUGUCGACCUUUAUCCUGACAUUCAUGUUUGCCAGUGAAUCGGUGCCUGCCAUGAACCGCUACUUCCAGUUGAUUCCCUUCCCCGACGAUGCCACACGAGAAUUCAUUUUGACCAUUCUGGCCAUGGAUUUGAUUGCCACCUACGUCUUUGACCUUUUGAUGAAGUUCAUCUUUGCCCGUCACAUUUUGAUUGCGAGUUUCAAGGAGACGACCUGGUCGGAAAUAUUCAAGUUGCUCCGUACGUUUGCAGUGAUUGCCUUUUUGAUGUAUUCCUUCCUAGGAAGCGAUGAGACUUGGGAAGAGAUGGAACGUGCCAUGGCGGAACUGGAGGGCACCCUGAUGGAAAAUGCAACUGCCGCAGCAGAUGCAGUGGAGGCUGCAGCAGAGUCUGUGGGAGAAUGCAUUGGCGACGCUUGCGAGGCAGUUGCAGAAACCGUGGCGGAUGUAGCGGAGAAUGUCAAGGCUGCUGUACAUGACGAAUUCUAG